AUGGGUAAGAAAAAGGUCCUUGUCGGGUACGGAGUAGAUAUUGAUGCUGUUGCCGGUUGGCUUGGCUCUUACGGGGGCGAGGAUAGCACCAGCGACAUCAGCAGAGGACUCUGGGCUGGCACGAUCGGAACCCGUCGUCUGCUUAAACUAUUUGACAAGUAUAAAAUCAAGGCGUCAUGGUUCAUACCAGGUCAUUCGCUCGAGACAUUCCCGGAAGAAUGCGCCAUGGUGAGAGACGCCGGUCACGAGAUCGGUCUCCACGGAUACUCUCAUGAGAAUCCGGUCGACAUGACGCUCGAGCAGCAGCGAGAUGUCCUCGACAAGACGUAUAGACUUCUCACCGAGUUCUGCGGUAAGCCGCCGAGAGGUAGCGUUGCGCCUUGGUGGGAGACGAGCAAAGAAGGGACGGAGUUGAUGCUCGCUUAUGGCAUUGAGUACGAUCAUUCUAUGUCCCACGAAGACUGCCAGAUGUACUGGCUACGCACCGGAGACUCAUGGACUAAGUAUUGUAUCUGGUGGAUCGACUAUAAGAAAAAAGCCGAAGAGUGGAUGAAGCCCCUCAUUAAGGGGCAACCCACAGGCAUGGUGGAAAUCCCAGGCUCAUGGUAUAUCGACGAUCUUCCUCCUAUGAUGUUCAUGAAAAACUCGGCCAAUUCGCACGGUUGGGUUAAUCCGAGGGAUGUUGAAGACAUAUGGCGUGACCAUUUUGAUUAUUUUUAUCGCGAGUACGACGAGUUCAUCUUCCCGAUGACGAUUCACCCCGACGUAUCAGGCCGGCCGCACGUCCUCUUAAUGCACGAAAGGUUGAUCGAGCACAUCAACAAGCACGAGGGGGUAGAAUGGAUGACAUUUGCCGAAAUGUGCGACUACUUCAAGAGUAAGAACAAGCCACCUGAGGGAGCUAUGAUGCCCGCUCCUCCGGGAGAGAUCCUUAAGAAGUCGGAUGAGUAA